CCCAUUAGAUAAGCAGAAGCCAAAAAUAGGGUUCUCAUGUCAUCAUCGCGACCACAGAUAUUGUUUGCACCUCUCUCAGCUCGCCGCCUCCCAUCUUCAUUCCUCUUCACGACCACUUCCCAGAUCCUAGUUGGACCUCAGCUUCCCUCUGACUUUGAUCAAUCAACUCACUCUAAUGGACGCCGACGUGACUAUGACAGACGCAGGCAUGGCGACGCUUUCGCCCGUCUCGCACACCCUUUCCCCACCUCCUGGCGAAAUAAAGGCAUCUCCUGUCACCGACUCACAAUCCUACGAUGACCUGGACCGAUGGAUUGAGAUGCUUAUGGACUGCAAGCAGCUGAGCGAAGCGGACGUUAAGAAACUGUGUGAUAAGGCUCGCGAGAUUCUGAGUGAAGAAUCUAACGUGCAGAACGUGAAAUGCCCGGUUACUGUCUGUGGUGACAUCCACGGCCAGUUCCACGACCUGAUGGAGCUGUUCAAAAUCGGUGGUCCGAACCCCGAUACCAACUACUUAUUCAUGGGCGAUUAUGUCGAUCGAGGAUACUACUCUGUCGAGACCGUGACUCUCCUAGUGGCGAUGAAGAUCCGCCACCCCAAUCGUCUAACUAUCCUUCGUGGUAACCAUGAAUCCCGUCAAAUCACCCAAGUGUACGGCUUCUACGAUGAAUGUCUGCGAAAGUACGGCAGCCCCAAUGUUUGGAAAUACUUCACCGAUCUCUUUGACUAUCUCCCCCUCACCGCUUUGAUCGAAAACACAAUCUUCUGCUUACACGGCGGUCUCUCGCCUUCCAUCGACUCGCUAGACAACAUCCGCGCUUUGGAUCGUAUUCAGGAGGUGCCUCACGAGGGCCCGAUGUGUGAUCUGCUCUGGUCGGAUCCCGACGAUCGAUGCGGAUGGGGAAUCUCUCCCCGAGGAGCGGGCUAUACAUUCGGAAAAGAUAUCUCAGAAGCAUUUAACCACAAAAACGGUCUCAACCUGGUUGCCCGUGCUCAUCAGCUGGUGAUGGAAGGAUACAAUUGGAGUCAGGAUCAGCAAGUCGUUACGAUAUUCUCAGGUUUGUUAGCCACUUGUUGCGAGAGGGUGUGUACAUCUUCUAACUUUUGCAUAAAAUAGCCCCCAACUACUGUUAUAGAUGCGGCAAUCAGGCCGCGAUUAUGGAGAUUGAUGAAGACCUAAAAUACACUUUCUUGCAAUUUGACCCCUGCCCGCGUGCCGGUGAGCCUUCAGUCUCGCGCAGGACUCCCGACUACUUUUUG